CGUAGCGCGCCAAUCUGAUCUGAAACACCCGCUUUUCACUAUCAGGUACUUCGGCUGGGAUCCCGAGGUCCACAAGCCGGACACGCCAUCAAACCGGCGGCAUCAGCAUGAUGGACGCAAUCAGAGUCAGUCCCCAGGGAGGCAGCCCGCUGUUCUCAAAGCUUCCGGCCGAGAUCAGAGCCGAGAUCUUCGCCUUAGCUUUGAGAGCGGCCGACGACACAUCAAAACCCUACAGGCCUGAUCGCGUUUUCUACAGGCCAGGCUACCACCACCAUAAGAAGACGAAUUGCGCAUUGCUUCGCACCUGCAAACGGAUCUACGGGGAGACUCGCCUUCUGCCAGUGUCCGUGAAUGAGCAUAUCUUCUGGCUCUUCAAUGGGCCCUGGUUGUCAAUUGGGCGGGGAAACAGGCACACAUCCAGAUGGAAUGACUUGGUCCUGCGUCUGAACGAAGACCAGAAGAGCGCAAUCCAGCUCGUUCACAUCUUCGCUCAACAGUGCAAUCUCGAAAGCCUCCCUAACUUUUUUGGCUGGCGGGCCUUCACAUUCAGGACCUCGUGCUUACAUAUAACUAUCCGUCACUCCGAUUGGUGGUCAUGGGAGAGCCCUCCAGCAAGCAGCGACCGUCUAGGUAUUUGCCCAUGGCGAGAGAAUAGGACAUCGUGUCAGCAGAUGCUGGCUGAACCAACACAACCGAGCCUCGAAUACAUCAAGUCACGUAUCGAGAGAUUGACGACGUGGGGCGGCCAGGUCUGCCAGAUCGAGGGGCUGAAGGUACUCAAGAUGGAGUUUGAGACCGAUAAGGCUAAGAAGUCACAGCUAAAGGUGGUUACAGAACGAGCAAAAGGGUGGAAAUUUCCCCUGACCAGGGAAGAGACUGCAUUGAUAUGGACAGGCAAACUCGAAGAAUCCUCUUGGGAAGGUCUGAAAAAGCUCAAGGAUGAUUACCAGGUGUUGAAGGAAAAGCCCAUCGCGGACGAUCUGCCAAAGCGGAAGUAUUAUGUGGUCACAAUGACUUGGGAGGCUGUCCCCACCUCGAGGCUAGCGUCGUGAGGGCUCGCAUUGACC